AGGCAGCUCCAGUCGGAUUUCGUCGACAACACUCUCCCUGCACCCACCAUGUCGUUCCAAGUCAAGGAGAUCCAAACUAAGCCGUUCGAUGGCCAGAAGCCAGGCACUUCCGGCCUGCGGAAGCGGGUGAAGGUCUUCCAGCAGGAGCAUUACACAGAGAACUUCAUACAGGCCAUCUUCGACUCCAUCGAGCCGAAGGGCAUGACCCUCGUCAUCGGUGGUGAUGGCCGAUUCUUCAACUCCGAGACGGCACAGCUGAUCCUCAAGAUCGGCGCUGCGAACGGAGUCGCGAAGUUUAUCAUCGGAAAGGACGUGAUUCUGUCCACACCUGCCGCGUCGAAUGUCAUCCGGAAGUACAAGGCAAACGGUGGUAUCCUGCUCACUGCGUCACAUAACCCGGGCGGGCCGAACAACGACUUCGGUAUCAAGUACAACGUCUCGAACGGUGGUCCCGCGCCGGAGGGCGUGACGAACAAGAUCUUUGAGAAGAGCAAGACCAUCUCGUCCUACAAGGUGCUCGAGCUCCCGCCCGCGGAUCUGAGCAAGAUUGGCACGUCCAAGUACGGUCCAGCGGAGGUGCAGGUGAUCGACUCGGUCAAGGACUACCUCGAGAUGUUGCAGGAGAUCUUCGACUUCCCCCUGAUCAAGAGUUUCCUCGUCGAGAAGGCGGAUACUUUCGGUGUCCUCUUCGAUGGUAUGCACGGUGUCACAGGCCCGUACGGCCGCGCGAUCUUCGUUGACACGCUCGGCCUGCCCUCGUCAUCCGUGCAGAACGACAAGCCGCUGCCCGACUUCGGCGGGGGACACCCCGACCCGAACCUGACCUACGCACAUGAUCUGGUGGAGCGUGUCGAGCGCGACAACAUCACGUUCGGUGCGGCCAGCGACGGUGACGGCGACCGGAACAUGAUCUACGGCAAGGGCGCGUUCGUCACCCCGAGUGACAGUGUAGCGAUCAUCGCCGACUGGGCGGCGGAGGCAAUCCCGUACUUCAAGGGCGGCGUUAAGGGUCUCGCGCGUAGUAUGCCGACGAGUGCGCAGAUCGACUACGUAGCGAAGAAGAAGGGCCUUGAGUGCCAUGUUGUGCCGACCGGCUGGAAGUUCUUCGGCAACCUAAUGGACGCUGGCCGUCUCUCCAUUUGUGGAGAGGAGUCGUUCGGUACCGGCUCGGACCAUAUUCGGGAAAAGGACGGUGUCUGGGCUGUUGUCGCAUGGCUCAACAUCCUCGCCUACGCGAACAAGCAGUCUCCGAACGAGACGAUUGGCAUCAACGAGCUUCUGCAGAAGCACUACGCCGUGUACGGCCGCUCGUUCUUCUCGCGGUACGACUACGAGGAGGUCGCCUCCGACGGCGCGCAGAAACUUGUCGACAAGCUCAACGCGCACAUCGCGAAGGGCGACCUCGCGGGCACGAAGCACACGUCUAAGUCGACGGGCCAGACGUUCGUCGUCAAGGACGUGUACAACUUCGACUACACCGACCCGAUCGACCACAGCGUGUCGAAGAACCAGGGCCAGGUCGUUGGCUUCGAGGACGGCAGCCGCGUCGUGUUCCGCCUAAGCGGUACGGGCAGCCAGGGCGCGACGGUGCGGCUGUACGUAGAGCGCUAUGUCGCGGCCGACAAGGGCAAGGCGGAGCUUAGCAAGCCUACGAAGGAGGGUCUGCAGGGCUUGAUUGAGGUCGCGCUGGAGCUUAGCAACCUUAAGGAGUUCUUGCAGCGCGAUGCGCCCACUGUCAUCACGUAAAUCGGGCUGGUGGUAGUCGUUGGAUAGGAUUUACUUUUGGGAAGGAAAGAACAAUGUAGCAACAUCUUUGUACGCAGGCAGAUCGCAGAAAUGGACAUAGAAUGAAUGUCGCGAAGUACCCAGAAGCAUUAGGCGGCCUCGACUGGACUACGGUUCUGCGUGUGCAGACGGCUCGGAG